CUAGUGGUUAAUUGAGGUGAAGCGCUGACUUCUCUUAGUUAGUCAAGAUUCUCUUUUACUUCUGCGGAUCGAGUCCAACCACGAUUCUUCCGUUCAAAAGCACGAUCAGGGUCGACUCACACCUAGUUGCCGUUGGCAAAAUAUUUGAUUUUACGGUCGGAUCUUCGAGGAGCAGCUCCUCGACAAUAAGCGGCUCUUUAACGUCACCCCCAGUUUAGAGAUAGACUAUUUGUCUAUUUUCGGGGAACUACAAAGCAAAAAAAGUAGAGAAGAUUAUUUGAGGAUGAGCCUAAACUUCGGCCACUAUUUUGGAUGCCAUAGAUAAGCUAAAUAAAGUGUUGAGCCGAGGGGCGUCCUAACCUCGUCAAACCAUAAUACACUUUGUAAACGACAACGAUGUGUAAUUAAACCCUGGUAGGAUACAAAACCAUCCGAUGACAACAGUUAUGCUUUCAAAAUAGUGAUGUAUCGCUGUAAUCUGUAUCACAACUCUGCUUCGCUGCCGGGUCGUCCCCGACCUGAAGGUGUGUGCCCGCUUUCGACUCUAUAGAGCUAGUGGAGCUAGAGGCACAGUCACACCAAACGCAUCCACCAUGAGCCACCCGAAAACCAAGACGGCAAUCCCCUAUGAAGUGGAUGAUUCUGGGAAAUUUAUUGCUUCCACACAGCGUCCAGACGGAACAUGGAGGAAGCCCAGGAGAGUAAGGGACGGUUACACUCCCCAGGAAGAAGUCCCUGUCUAUGAGAACAAGUUUGUGAAGUUCUUCAAGAGUAAGCCCGACCUCCCGCCCGGCAUGAGCCCGGCGGACGCGGCGCCAUCCAACAGGCAGCAGGCGGUCCCCGGGUGUGCGGCCAGCGAGCCCACCGGCCUCUCCAAGACGGCCAAGCGCAACAUGAAGCGCAAGGAGAAGCGCAAGCAGCAGCAGCCGGCGGACGAGGACGACGCGGAGCUUGAGUCGGCCAGGAGCGCCGUGGAGGGCGCCUCCCUCUCGGAGCUCCCCGCCAAGGGAGCGGUCGGCACCGGCCCGGCCGCGGACGAACCCUCGGCCGCCAGCGAGAAGGUCAAAAAGAUCAAAAACCUGAGGAAGAAGCUGCGGCAGAUCGAAGAGCUGCAGCAGAAAAUGGACUCAGGGGAAAUCAGUGAGCCGUCGAAGGAUCAGCUGGAAAAGGUGGGGAGGGCCCGGGCCCUGCAGGAGGAGCUGGAGCAGCUGGAGGAGGAGGAGGACUCUUGAAGCGGGGCCAGCGGUGCAGGGCAGAGGGACGGACAAUUGAAAGUACAAACUGUGUAAACUUUGACCUCCAUUGAAAAUAGUUUUUUUUUUUUUUUUUUUGCUAGUCAACAUAAACUGUAGCUUGGGAAGUAAGCACACUACCAAAGCCUCUCAACCUGACGUAUUGAAGGACCACGAACGUGUAAAUCCUCAGCACUUAUAAUUAUAGUAAUUAUCUGAUGUUUAAAUGUAACCUGAAAAGAACUUUUUUCGCUAGGUGUUUCAUUUAAUAUUGAACUUUUAAAAGGUCCUGUACAAUGUACGGUUCAUUGUGCAUGGAGUGGUUUUAUGUGCCAUUUAUUGAUCAUGAUAUUGCCUCAACACACCCAUGUCAAUCACAGUUACAGAAGAAAAGACUAAUGAUGAGGUGUUGGUAGUAGUCGGUGCAUUUAUUAAAAUUGUACCCCACUGAGAAGUUACGAUUUUCUAAAUAAAUGACAUUACGUUGACGUCAUAGAAGUCUUUUAUGGAUUGGGACCUCAAAGUGUUGCUUCAGUUCUUAGGCAAGCUGGCUGUUGAUUUUCAUUUUGUAUUAUGUGUGGCAAAAUGUUUUAUAAACAAGCUAUACUUGGUGCAAUGGCUGUCUUUUCAACGGUGAUCAAUGACUGACCAGAAAAGUGUGUUCAGUUCGGACACAAUGUUUACCUUGAGUUUGGUCAUUGCAACACUUAAUGUGACGAAGAAGCUGUUUGUGGGUGUUUUUACAACGUGCUCAAUACGUUCAUUUUCAAAGUCCAGUGGAUCCGGUCUAUUUUGAACGUUGUACAUUCUAAACAAUGUUUUAUUUUUACAUUUUUAUGACCAUUAUUUCUGAGUAUUAUAAUAAAGGCAAAGAUUACUGACCAA